AUGUUCCUGCAUUCAUCUUUACUCCUCCUCCUUGGGCUCAUCACGUGGCAUCUGAGCGCAUCAUGGGCUGCUAAAAUCCUUGUGGUCCCACCAACCUUGUUUGAAUCACAUAUGUAUAUCUUCAAGACAUUGGCUACCUCUUUGCAUCAGAGUGACCAUGAGGUCCAUUUCCUGGUCUCAGAGGGUCGUGAAGUACUCCCUUCCCUUAAUUAUAAACUACAGCGCUACCCGGGCGUUUUCAACACCAGCACAGCUGAAAGUUUCCUGCAGUCCAAAGUUGGCAACAUUUUUUCAGGUCGCCUCACAUUUCUGGAGCUUUUUGACAUUCUUGAACACUACUGUCAGAACUGUGACGCUAUAGUUGGCAAUACAGAGGUUAUGGCUCGCCUCAAGCAGGCCAAAUUUGACCUCCUGCUGGUGGACCCCAAUGAAAUGUGUGGAUUUGUACUUGCGCAUAUUCUGGGAUUAAAAUACGCCGUGGUCAGCACAGGUUUGUGGUACCCUAUAGAGGUGGGUGCCCCAACCCCACUCUCAUAUGUGCCUGUGUUCAACUCAUUACUGACUGACCGGAUGUCACUGUUCCAAAGGAUCUCCAACACAGCUGUCUAUCUCUUGGAGAACUUUGGAGUUCAUUUUAUUGUGAUGCCCAAGUAUGAUCGUAUCAUGAGGAAACAUGGAAUAAAGCCGCAGGUAGCUAUGACUGAGCUGGUGCGAGGCAGCCAAAUGUGGAUGUUGUGCACUGACUUGGCGCUGGAGUUCCCCAGGCCCACCCUACCACACGUGGUAUACAUUGGAGGGAUUCUCACCAAACCAGCAAACCCGCUUUCAAAGGAAUUUGAGCUAUGGGCCAAUAAUACAGCAGAGAACGGCUUUGUCGUGGUGUCCUUCGGCGCUGGGGUGAAGUACCUUUCGAAUGACAUUGCACAUAAACUGGCAGGAGCGCUUGCUAGGCUUCCACAGCAAGUAAUCUGGAGAUUCUCUGGUGUUCGACCCAGUAACAUAGGAAACAACACCAAGCUUGUUGAUUGGAUGCCUCAAAAUGACCUGUUAGGUCACCCCAACAUAAGGGCAUUCUUGAGUCACGGUGGGCUGAACAGCAUCUUUGAGGCCAUGUACCACGGCGUGCCAGUAGUAGGUGUGCCCCUAUUUGGCGACCACUACGACACUAUGACCCGUGUGACUGCCAAAGGUAUGGGCAUUAUGUUGCACUGGAAAAGCAUGAGCGAAAACGACCUUUACAAUGCCCUGGUCACUGUCAUAAAUGACACAAGAUACCGACGGAGGGCAACACUCCUCUCUACCAUCCACAAAGACCAGCCAGAUCCAGUGACAAGAGCAGUCUACUGGAUCAACUACACUCUUCGUCACAAUGGCACAGACCAUUUGCGCUCUGCUGUUUACGACAUAUCCUUCUACCAGUAUUUUUUGCUGGAUGUGAUUUUCUUCGUGGGAGCGGCCUUGGUUAUCUCUGGCUUUGUCUUGCGAUAUGGACGGUUGCUAAGGGCAAAAUGUGGUGAGAAAAGCCGAGUAGACUACGUUUCCAGGGAAGAGGACAACAUGGUCAAUGGACACUGCCACUGCAUGUCCAACGGUAAACACAAAGGCAAUGGCUCUUUGAAGAAUGAGAAGAAGGUAAAUUAA